AUGCCCACUGUCCCCCAUACCCCCGAAGCUCUUCUGGGCCGCAAUGACUCGAAGAACCCAUCCACCACUUGCAAAGGCAUCACCUCUUCUGGUAGACCAUGUCGCCGCGCGUUAGCAUCGCCCAAGUCUUCUCCUUUGAGUGGUCGGCGGAAGUCUGAAGCACUGACUGGUGUGGUCGCCAUCGUGCAAGAAGACGGCUUGGUGCGGGAAGCAGAUUUCUAUUGCUGGCAGCACAAGGAUCAAGCACACGUUAGGUCAGAGAAGGAGGAAAGGCGAAGUGAUGGCGGGAGGGUGGGCAAGAAGCGAAGCGUUGAGCUCUACUCGUUGAAGGAGAGGAGUAGCAUCGAUACGAUGGUGCAAAGCUUAGGGCUGAACGACCUAUCCGCAACCGAAUCGAAGGCCCACCGGACCAACAAUCCGAAACCACCUAGAAGGACCGAGAUGCGUGACUUCGCCAGCUCUGAGAAGUUGCACGCAGUAGGGUCUGACAAUCUCCAGCCUGCAUUGCCGAGACGGAAGACGAAGAAGCCGGGUUUCUGGGCAUCAUUUUGCUGUGUGGCGAGCGGAAACGAUGACUACGUCGAGAUCGUGCGACAUCGGAAGCGCGUCCAGCAGAAUCCUCAACUCUUGUCUUCUAUUCCGUCUCAUCUCUCGCCAGCCACUACAUCCGCCUUACUUGCCGAGCUCAUUAAGCCGAUUAGCCCGCACGACGAGGAAGGCUACAUCUACAUCUUCUGGCUCACACCGCAGUCCAAAGCUACACCUUCCGAGGAUACAGCACGCUCAUUACUCACACCACCUCGGCAACGGCCAGGUCACGAGCGUCGCAUCAGCGAUGUCGUAACCGAGUUCUCGUUCUCUGGAUCCGAACCCGAGACCUCGGGCAAGAAGACGAUCAUGCUUAAGAUUGGCCGUGCGAACAAUGUCACGCGUCGCAUGAACCAGUGGCAGCGGCAAUGCGGGUACGCUUUGAACCUGGUCCGAUGGUAUCCGUAUGUAUCUUCAUCUCCGCAGGCGUCACCAGUCGGCGACAGACGCGAGAGCCUUUACCCGGACCUGUCACAGCUUGGGAAGAGUUGUGACGUGCUUAGAAAGGUGCCGUAUGUGAAGCGAGUCGAGCGGCUGAUUCAUCUGGAGUUGAGGACACAACAGGUCAAGCGAAGGUGUAAAGCGUGUGGAAAGGAGCAUCGGGAGUGGUUUGAGGUUGAGGCGAGUCAGAAGGGUGUCAGGGCCGUGAACGAGUGUGUUAGACGGUGGGUUAGUUGGGCGGAGAGGCAGGCUAAGCAAUGA